AAUACAAAUUAUUUUAAUAUUAAAAUAAUUUCAUUUAUUUUAUUUAGAAAACAUCGUCUGCUGUAAAUAUUAGUCGUCUGCUAUACUGCCCCGUCAGCUUUAUUAAUCGUCUGCUAUAUUUUGUUGAUACACAAUUUACCUGGUUACGCUCGAUAGUUUUUUCUUACUCGAGCAUAACGUGUACCCGGUAUGGUAUAUAUAAGGCAAAACCCGUGCAGAAACUCACUCUUUACACGUCUGCAGUACAGAUUGACUGGUUUAAAACAUUUAUCUGCUAUCUACAUUGCCAAAUUAUGCCACGUGGCCGCGGAUGCGUACGUCCACAAAGACUGUCGCGGAACAACACCGCCAGGCAGCCCGAGCCAGCAAGUAGCGCAACAAGGAGCCAACAACCUUCAAACAGAGGGAGGAAACGAACGGCAGAGGUCCCGUUGGAAGAUUUUGUUGACGAGAGGGUGUCGCAAACGAACGCUGACAUCUGGGUCAUCGGGGACUCGAUCCCGUACUGGGCAGGCAAUCAUGCAAUACAAACUGGGAAGAAAAAUUUGAGACUACCAGGACAAACAAUUGCAUGGCUAGGGGUUCGAGGUCUGCGAUGGUCCACACUAAGACGGGAAAUUGAAGCUAAGGUUCUCCUAUCACCUGCUCCAUCGUUAAUACUUAUUCAUUUAGGUGGUAAUGAUUUAGUUCACUCUCAUGCCUAUGAUAUUAAAGGGACAAUACAGGAUGAAGUAUCUUACCUUCACGACGCAUUUCCGUCCGCUUGCAUUAUUUGGAUUGAUAUUUUACCCAGAAGAGUGUGGGGGAAAUUUGAUAACAAGUCUAUGAAUCUUAAACGUAAAAGAGUAAAUCGUUUAGGUCGACACAUAGUUAGUUCCUUAAGUAAGUUUGAUAUUGUCAAACCAGAUAUUGACAUUGAAACGGCGUUUUAUCGUGAGGACGGUGUCCAUUUAAAUUUAGUUGGUCUAGAGUUCUAUCUUGACUAUUUAAGAGAUGCUAUGCUAAAAAAUCUAUAAUGGAAUUUUUGGGUGAUAAAUUCGUUGAAUUCAUUGUGGCGGAAAAAAUUCUGUCGAUUGAGGGGUAGGCAGGCCUCGCAAUUUAAUGUAUUCGCAAUUCAUGUUUUUCGAAUAUUUUAGCUGGUUAGGGUCACCUUGUUUUUGGGCUGGUCUAAUCGCCUAAAGAUAGGAACCUUGACCUUGUAGGUUAAAUUUUAAAUGCUCACACGGUACUUUCUAAUUAUUAUACGGUCUAACAGUAAUUGUGUUGACUCGUUAAUAGGUUUUGCCCUUAGUACUCGGCAAUUCCUAACUAGCCUUGCUUUAUUGCCUUGCAUUGCCUUGCCUUGCAUUGUACAGCCUUUGCUGUUGCUGUUUAACAUUAACUCGGAUUGUGGAACCAUUCAUCUCUUGGUCUAAUCAUUGGUGAGUGGUUUUAUUGUUCGUCGUUAAUGGUACCGAUGCUUGCGGUAGUAUGUUACCAGUGGUAUAUACAUGUAGGUUGCCGUUAAUAUUAGAAGUACAAAAAACAAUAGAAAUGUUAAAAAUGAAGUCAAUUACGCAAUUUUUAUUUGUGUACAGUUGCGUACAGUUUUUGUCGAGUUGUGUACAGUUGUGUACAGUUUGUAGAAAAUACUGCCUCCCUUCGGUCGUCGGAAUUUUUUCUCACAAGACUCGACAUGGUCAAAUCUGUCUUGUCUCGAGCGGCCAAAUUAUCCAACCAAUAGUUUUUCGUAUAAUUCAAAAGUUUUUCAUCUGUGUAUAUGUGAUUAAGUUUCUUUUCACGUAGACUUAUUAAAAGAAUUAUUAGUAAUUUGAUAUUGUGUUUGUGUUUCAUUUUCGAAUAUUUAAAUAAUACAAAUUAUUUUAAUAUUAAAAUAAUUUCAUUUAUUUUAUUUAGAAAACAUCGUCUGCUGUAAAUAUUAGUCGUCUGCUAUACUGCCCCGUCAGCUUUAUUAAUCGUCUGCUAUAUUUUGUUGAUACACAAUUUACCUGGUUACGCUCGAUAGUUUUUUUCUUACUCGAGCAUAACGUGUACCCGGUAUGGUAUAUAUAAGGCAAAACCCGUGCAGAAACUCACUCUUUACACGUCUGAAGUACAGAUUGACUGGUUUAAAACAUUUACCCGCCCGCCACACCCCAUUUGCUUAAUUAUAAAUAACUGUCAUUUUUUGAGUUAUCAUAGCGAUCAUAAAGGUGACGUCACAGGUGAAACAUAUUUUGGUAAACUGUAUAUAAGCGUGUGUUUGUCAUUGUUUAUUUGGAUGUAGAUACUGCUGUGACUUUUUAUACUUUGCAGGCUGUUGUUAUAGACAUGUUUUUGUGGACUUCCAAGGAAAAUAAUUAUGGGAGAAUAUGCCACUACAUCUCAGACUAUGGAGCCGCAAAUACACACAAGGAUGUUAUCGACGUGUGAAGUUAGUUAUAAUAAUAAUGUGUUAAAUAUGGUUAAAAUAAAACGUGCCAGAUAUGUGUUAAAGAUAACUGUAAAUUCGGAAGUGCAGGACUUGUAGCGCGGUGUUAGUGGUAUAAACUGUUAUGCUAUAAUUGUUGCUAAGUCUUCAUGUCAGAGAUUUUGAUGAACAUUGUUGACAUUUUAAACUGAAAUAACAUUCUCCAUAUUAUAUUUUCCUUGGACGCAUAUAGUAAUGCGAUUGUAAUUGUUGAUGAGUUUAAUCACUGUUGGCCACAUUUGGC